AUGGCCACCGAGCUCAAAGAAUACCUCGUCAUCGUCCCUGAUCUUCCCGACGUCCUAGCCAAGCGACAAGUCCUUCUCAAACCUCACAACCAAGACGCAGCUCCCCUGGUCAAAGCCGGCCGCGUCCCGUUCUUCGGCAGCACCCUUGCUCAUCACAGCGCCGAAGGCCAACAAGUCGCCGAGAAUGGAACAGUCAUGAUCAUCAAGGCGGAGAGUGAGGAGGAGAUCAAGGAGAUUAUUCGGAAGGAUAUUUUUACGAUUGAGGGGGUUUGGGAUUUCGGAAAGUUGUCUAUUUGGCCUUUCAAGAGUAAAUAAUUUAGUGGAGAGGAACGCGUCUGUUUGUUCGCGUGCAAGGGUUUGCGGGAUACGGCCCGAAAAUUCAUGUCAUGAUAUUGGAACCCUUCUCUUCUCUUUCGCCUGCAUUGGUGACAGCCUUGUUUAAUGUGAUAAUCGGAUCUGG